CGACAGUGCGGAACAGCUGUUCCGUCGCUUCAUUGUAUUUUUUGUUUUUUUAUCUUCAACACGCAACUGUUUUUAGUCUUCCGGCUGAUGCGCAAUCGUUAAUCAAAGUCGUUAUUAAAUUCUGAACAAAUUCUGAGUGCGAUUUUUUAUUUAUUUCGAUUGGUUGCUAUUCAAUUGUGUGACAACUUUCUUCCCUCAGACUCUCGUUAAAAUCGUCAAUCGCGUUGAACAACCCUCUCGAAGUACCGUGUUCUUUCUUUUGUCUGCCUCGUGUGAUGAUUGAUCGACUUUCCUCGUAACUUGUUGCAUUCGUUUCGGCACGUUGUACAUAUUGGUCAUCGAAUUCGACGAGCGCGUGCGCGUGCUAUUGAUUCGAACCUCCUGGAGGUCCGGAUCCUCGUCAGUUGAGAGGCACUCGCGAAAGAGAAGAAGAACAUAAUAAUGGCGAAUAGACACUUUAAUCAGCCGUCGCGACUUCUCUCGGUUCUUGUGAUAGUAUUGUUCAAAGGUGUUGAGUCUUACCGAGGUGGCAUCAACAAAGACAUCUCGGUCUACGAGUACAUCGCUCUCAACAUACACGAUCCCAAGCCAUCACGUCCCGUCGAAAAUUGUUGCUGGCGAAGUCCCGAGAAUCUCGGCGAGAUCUCCGGAGUCGCGGUGAAUCCGGACGGUUAUCCCGUGAUUUUUCAUCGCGGCGAUCGAACGUGGAGUUACGACACCUUUAACGAAGCCGCAGAAUAUCAAGAGGAAUACAAAGGUCCCAUUCAAAUUAAUACGGUGUUGACGCUGGACUUCAAGACCGGCGACAUUAUUAGCGGUUGGGGAAAUCAUACGUUUUAUCUGCCGCACGGAAUCCACAUCGACAAGCAGAGAAACAUAUGGCUGACCGACGUUGCUCUCCAUCAAGUGUUCAAAUUUUCGCCAUCCGGAGGUGAUCGAUUGAUGACGCUCGGGCAGAAAUUCGAGCCCGGAAACGACCUGGAGCAUUUCUGCCAACCAACGGCGGUUGCCGUUUUGCCGAAUAACGAGAUUGUGAUCGCUGAUGGAUAUUGCAACCACAGGAUAUUAAUGUUCGACAAAGAAGGCAAUCCUAAAUACAGUAUUAACGAAGAAUGGAUUCCUUUAAACGUUCCUCACGCCCUGACGGUAUUGCCGAAUAGACAAGUGUGCGUGGCCGACCGCGAACACUGGAGAAUCGUGUGCCUGCCAUGGGAGUACAAGACAAAUACUGAAGCGAGUCAAGAUCCUGCAGUUCCUUAUUUAAUCAGUAACGAGGCUUUCGGCCGUAUAUUCGGUAUUGCGUCGUAUCACGGUACCAUUUACGCUGUUAACGGCGCGACGUUAAACUCAGAUGGUAGCAAGAUUCAAGUCAGAGGCUUCAUCGUCGAUCCCUUGCAUCGAAAUAUAACGGGAGUUUGGGGCCCGGAGACUUCGUCCUUUGAAAAUCCCCACGCUAUUGCUGCGUGUCCGUACGGCAGCGCUAUAUACGUGUCGGAAAUUGGACCGAACAAGAUCUGGAAGUUUGAUCUGAGAGAGUAACUUCUUUGGUAGAGUAACUCCUGUCGCGCGCAACAAGCGUAACCACGCGUAACAAACUUACAAUAAUCGAAAUUUGCGUUAUCCCCACCUGAUUGGCAUGUACCUGAUUCCGGGAAGGAGAAAAAACAACAAGAGACCCGAGAGAUCGAAUUUGCGAAAGCCAGCGACGACGUGCGAAAUAUAUAUCCCAUUGGUCUUUUUAUUACGUCUCGCAACAACAUCGCAAAUGUCAAUGUAGCAACAAGAAAUCAUCUUCGACGGAAUGUUCUCAUCUUUCGCAAAAUAAAGUUCCAAAGCGAAAAAUAAGACGCGCGUAUUAUUUUUGUAUUUGUGUAUGUUAAAACCCAUGUAUUCUGUGUGUUACGUAUGUUAUGAAUCCAAACAGAACGCAAAUAUAUAAAUGUUCUGAAUAAAUGUAUAUGUGUGUUACAUUUCUUUUAUUAAAAAAUUAAAAAAUACGCUCACAUCGGGGGGGGGGGGAGUAAAUUAUUUUUUGUUUCAUACAACAGCUGACUUCCGUUUGUGCGACACAUUUGACAGAGCAGAUAAAAACAGAUUUGUGGAAGACUCGUGUUUUUUCACGUGUGUCUUCGUUGAAAAGAAAAAUUAUAUUCAAUUUAGAAUUAUGGCUUUUGGACUAAUUAAGUGGUCGAUGUCGCUUAUAAUAUUUUCGAUCGUCCUGGCAAUUAUCACGUGGUCCGCCGUGCACCUGGGCAGAAAAAGUGCACAAAACGUCACGGAAUCUGUUGCUUCGAGAUUUCUUUACGUGAACGAUCGUUCCAUUCGCAAGGAGAGGUGCGCUUUUCUCAAAUAAAGAAAAGGUUCACGUCCGUAACAAAUUUGUUUUUCGCUUCUAUAAUAAUUUUAUAGGUCAAGUAACAUUUCACAAACAACGUAUUCGACAAUAGCGUACGGAGCAAAAUUGUUUGACAUGAAUAGAUUACAAAAGUCUGGUUUGCAUCGGUUUGUCAGAAUGAACGUUUCCGAUUUUUCUCCGAAUGUCUCUAUUGCCCUCUCCUUUCAACGAGCGUCGUCUAAUUUGACGCAUUUAAAAUAAUUACGACAGGACAAACGGAAAAAAAUAAGAAAAUAAUACAAGCGCAAUAAUCUGAACGCUUGCCAAUUCCUAUCCUAUUCUUAUUUAAUAGUAAAAAUAAUUUUACUUACUGUUAUUAUUUAUUGUUAUAUAAUUUUGCUUUAAUUUAAAACAGCAAUGUAUUGACAUCUGUCGACAUUGCGUUUAUUGGGUGGUUUAUUGUAUAAGUACAAAAAAAAAUUGUAACAAUUAUACUAAUUUAAAAAUAAUAAAAAUAAAGCAGAAAAAGAAAUAAUAAAUAAUUAUUAUUGUUAAUAAUAAUAAAUGUUUUAAUAAUAUACAUUUUCGUCUAUGUAUAUUGACCUUUCGUAAAAGGUCACUGACCUUUCGGUAAAGGUCACUGACCUUUCGUUAUAUGGUUUGUAAUACUUAUAUACUAGCUGUCAUCGUGGUGACAGGUUGUGUUCACUGACACAACACUUUAAGUAAAAGUGUUGUUUAAAAAAAAAAAAAAACAAUCAUCAUUGCAACAGCGCAGACAAAUGUGUCUGGCAGCUUCUUCAGGCUCUCGUUCCAGAAGACGUUGCGUUGUUAGUUACCAGUUUCAAUCAAAUGAAAAGUUCACGUAACUAAAAAAAUAUAUAUUUACAAAUAUAAUAAAUACAUAUCGCGCUGAUUUUUGCGUUUUCAUUGUCGUAGAUGAGGAAAACGCGCAAUGAUGGAAAUUAUCAAAAUUGAGUGUUUGAAAUGUAAGUCAGACAUGUCUCUCUCUCUCUCGCGACGACAUAUGUAAUUUGGCCAUAUUAUAUAAUUUUUAAUUUUAACUGUGAUAUAUGAAUAAUAUAUCACAGUUAAUUAAAUGUGAUAAUAUAUCACAGUUAAUUAAAACAAGAAAUAUAUAUUAAAAACAAGAAUAAUAGCGACAACAAGUUUCUUGCGUUUAUAUUUUAUCACAAACGUUUAAUUUAGUUUCGUGUGCGACGUAUCAUUUCAAACCCCAUAAAAAAAAAAAAAA